AUGUCGUUUACUUCUGUCCAAAAUGGACGUGUCUCUGACUCACGCUCGUUAACUCCAAUUUGCAGCUUACCACCAGCCAAGGAAAAGAAACAACCAGAUCCAAACAUGGCGAAUCCACGCUUGCUUAUCAACCGUGCUCUCAUAUACGAGCGCAGACUACCCGGUGAUGCGUAUAUUACCGCUCACGUUCAGCGCCUCCAGCAUGGCUAUUACUCCAGCGAUGCUGUCUCGGACGAGGACGCCGAACAUGUAGAUUUUCUCGCUCUCGCAUUCACCUUUCAUUCGCCGCACACUAUCACGCAUCGCAUCAAGUCCGCCACUAUUAGUGUAUCAGUUCGUGGGAACCGCGAUGUUUCAAGUUCGAAGUUGUACCCUUACGGGUCUCCACUCGGUAACCCACACUUCCUUAUGCAUGCGCCGCAUCUGAUCUACGGUAGUGUUUCCCCAGAGACGAUGGAGUGGACAUUCAGUCUGGCUGGGUCCCUCGGGAUCUCAGAAAUGCCUCUCAACGCAAGCGUCAUUCCCUCGGGGAGUGUCAACGGCCGGUUCAAGCGGUACGAGAUGAUGCGCAUCCAAGGCUCGGCACGGACUUUGAAGAGUCCCUCUGGUAGUAAAUUCGAUGUCGAAGCUGGCAGAAUCGUCUGGUCUAUGGAAGAGAACAAUGUCCAGCGAUCCGGCCUGCCGCGCGAGUUCACCUUCGUCAUGCUGAUCCAGAAACCAGCAGCAAACAGCAAGAUUUCCCUGUCGAUCGACGUCGACCCCGUCAUCGACGCGAUGAUCGGCAGUUACCCAUCCUUGCUACUAAAACUGCCCGAGUACCAACCCUUGCCACGCCGAGGCAUCAAUUUCCAACAAGAAGUUGGACAACGGUUUGAGCCCGUGGAUCCGGUGCGCGGGUUCAACUUUGCAAAACUCGAGAGCAUGUUCGAUGAAUACAUUGCCAUCCCAGGAAGGAAGUUCAGCCGUCAGAUCGAAAUCCCAGCUGAGACCGGUCCCCCUGAGGAUCAUUUCCAGGCCACCUACCCAGGCCAGUACGGCCCUCUCAACUCAAUCCCCUAUCGACAACUGCAGACCCACAACCUAGCUCUGCAAAACAACAGCCUCUCCCUGCAGAACAACCUCCUACAGACGACCCUCCAAAACCUCUGGACCACCCAGCCGAGGGAAGAAACCCAACUCCGCGCGCAGCAGGUAACCCCCCAGACCCAAAGCCAAAACCAGGGCCAUUCCUCCCCCCGACCCCUCAACCCUCAUCCAACAACUCCCACCACCCCCCAACCAACCACCAUAACUAUCCCCCUAAACCUCCACCUCCACCUCGACCCCGCCACCACCACCAACCUAACAAACCUCCAACUCAGCCCAGGCCCCUCCCCCCUAGGCCCACGCCGCACCCCAAGCCUGCGCCGCACGCAAGCGCGUGAAUUCACCAGCGCGCAGGCGGCGAGCGGAGCAUCAAACAACUCCAAAUGCUCCCUCAGCCCGACGGACUCAAUGAUCCCGCAUACGGGCGCGCGGUCGCAGCAGUGGAACCGCACUCUUUCGGAGAUCGCGGAGGGGGAUGCUUCUGAUUCUAUUCCCCAGAACGAAGAGGGCCGGACGUUGCGGCGUUAG